AUGGCGCGUCGGGUCCGGGUCCGCGUCCGGCGGCCGCUGCUGCUGCUGCUGCUGCACCUGGCCGUGCUGCUGCUGCUGCUGCUGCAGGGCUGGACGGCGGCGGCGGCGGCGACGGCCAAGGGCCGGGUCCGGAAGAAGGCCACCAGGACGACGCGCGCCUGCCAGGAGCCGCCGGAGGAGACGCUGGAGCAGAUGUUCGGGCGCCUCUCGGUCGGAGUGAUGAGCGCGUUCCACCACGCGCUGCAGCUGGAGCCGCACGACAAACUGAACCUGAGCUGCCCGACGGCGGCGGCCGCGCGGCCCCCGGCCGACGGCAAGGCGCGCCUCCCGGUCAACCUGCGCAGCGUCUCCCCCUGGGCCUACAGGAUGCUGUACGACCCCACCAGGUUCCCCCGCCACAUCCCGGAGGCCUACUGCCUGUGCAGCGGCUGCCUGCUGGGCGCGCACCGCGGCGAGGACAGCGAGCUGUACCGCAGCGCUCCGGUCUACGCUCCCGCCGUCGUCCUGCGGAGAACCGGCUCCUGCGUCGGCGGCCGCCACUCUUACACCGAGAUCUACGUGUCCGUGGCGGUGGGAUGCACGUGCGUGCCGCGGCCGUGGGAGAAGGGGCGCGUCGUCGACGGACACGGCGGCAACAAGCGGAGCCCGGAGAGGAGCGAGGCCGAGGCCGGACAGCUGCUCGAGUCUGCGGGCAAGAAGGUGUGAGAGGAGGGAGCAGGGGCGGUGGAGCUCCGGAUGAGUUCCUCUACACCUGGAUCCACAUCCCUUCCACCGGCACUAAGAAACAUAUAUACAUGUAAUGAUUGCACCUGCAGCUACAGUAAAACUAUAGAGCAUAUUGAAUAUUUGGAUGACAGAGGGGUUAAUUACAGGAAGAAACUUAAUUGAAUCCACUUUGACACAAGAGCAUCAAACUGAACCUGCAGCUCUUUGACUGACGGGACCGGGAGAAGAUGGAAUUCUGAAAAAUACAGAAAAGACAUUUCACCUCGUUCUGGAUUCUACUGGCUGAAGGUUUUGAGAUUUUCUUUGCACCAAAAACAAACUCAUCAAAAUCACAGUUCCCUCCAUCAAACCAAAACUAUCUGCACGACCGUAAACCAUUAGAAAUGUUUAUCUGUAAUUUGGUUGAAACAACCCUCUGACAAUUAAACAAACAUUAUCAAGUGGAAUAAAAUCCCUCUCUAUUAUCAAUGACCUGAUCAAUGCUGCCACCUACUGAUGAAAAAAUUAUAAUUAUAAUCUGGUCAUUAAAACAACCGAUAUUUAAGAUGAUUGAAUUUGUAAUUUUCAAAAUUAAAAGCAAUACCAAGUGAUUCUUGAGAAGUGAGAUUAAACAUGUCCUGUACAUAAACAGAUGUUUUGAUAUAAAGAGAAAAGUAAGCAGUGGUUUUCACUGACACCUUCACAUUUUAGUUUGAAUUAUCUUCAUAUAUUUAAGAUUUUAUGAUGAAAUAUUAGCACUGUACAAAAAACACUGUCCAGAAUCUAUUUUCAUAACGCAAAAACAAAACUCUAGUUUUUAAAGAGUUUGUUCAUUUAAAUUAUCAUCUAUUUUGAUUUAUUUAAACUGGUAUUGUCACUUGGACGACAAGUACAAAUGCAGAUGUCAAAAAUUUGAAAGAAGCCACUGAUCGUUGCAUCAAAUGACCAAAAAAAUCCCAUUUGAUCAAAUUCCAUAUGAUUCUGUGAUGAUGAUUCAAACAUCAUUUGUGAAAAUAAUAAUAAUACUCCUGUUCUUUAGUUUCUGUAGUUAAGUGAAUAAAUUAAAGCUGUGAAGUUGUUCGUAAAUUUGAAAAAGUAAAUUCUCUGUAAAUUUUUGUUCUACUUCUGAAGAAUCACUCAAUGAGUUUGCAGGUAACAGUUUCUGAACAAUGAGCUCGUCGGUUUGCAGAUAACAAGUCAAAGAAGCUGCACGACAAACAUUUGGUUCAUUUCUCCUUCUCAUUUAACCUUUUCAGGAAACAGGAAGUGGCUCCAAUUUUUCUAUUUAACAGCUGGUGUGAACAUCUCACCAGUGAAAGAGGACGAAAGAAAAUAAAGGUAUAUACUCUAUAUA